AUGACAAACUCAGCAUUUUACCAGCAAGCUCGUAUUAACGGAAAUUCAGAUGGAAUGUAUCACAUGAAAAUUUUAAUUCCUUGUAUAACUGCUGGUGCCAUCAUUGGUAAAGGCGGGGAGACAAUUGCACAGCUACAAACAGAGACCAAUACAAAGAUAAAAAUGUCAAAAACAAAUGAUUUCUAUCCUGGCACGACCGAAAGAGUUUGCAUAAUAUCUGGAUCGAGUUCCGAACACAUAAUGGCUGCACUUACAUUUAUUAUGGAACGAAUCCGGGAAAAACCAGAUGCGUCAAAUAGGGUCCAAAAUUCUGGUGAUGCGAUUGCAGACCGUGAAAAACAGGUGAAAAUCCUGAUACCCAACUCGACAGCUGGUAUGAUUAUCGGCAAAGCCGGAGCUUACAUCAAACAGUUGAAGGAAGACAGCGGUUGUUUUGUGCAGAUAUCGCAAAAAGCGAAAGACACUACACUCCAAGAACGGUGUAUAACCGUUUCAGGUAACACCGAAGGAAACAAAAAAGUGUGCUCGUGCAUAUUAAACAAAAUAAUCGAAGACCCGUUGAGCGCGUCCUGUCCGAAUUUAAGUUACGCCGACGUCAAUGGCCCCGUGGCGAAUUUCAAUCCGACGGGAUCGCCGUACGCCCUGGCCCCCACCAAUUGCUCCAACAACCAGACCAGCUACAACUUAAAUGCCACGUCGUUAUCCACCCAGGAUGUCAGCAAUGGUAUAUUCACCAACAAAUUCUUAGACAACGUAAAGCCGUUACUGAGGUCCAGUGGAUAUCCAGAAUCCGCAGUCAACGAAAUAGCCGUCGCCUUUUUGACGUUAGCCAAGCACAACGUACUUAGCCCGAACAGCAUAAUCGGCCUGAUCAACCAGACCAGCAUCCUGCAGCCGGCCCCGUCGGUAGCGCACCACAACGGCACAGGGCUUCUGAGCACCGUGACCAACGACCUGUUCGAUCUGGGCCUGGCCGGCGGCGCCAUAUCCAUCAACGCGAUCCUGUCGCAGAACGCGGCCAGCCCGACGCUGUCCAACGCCAACUCUUACGGGCUGGGCGUGGCGGCGGCAGCGGCGGCCGCAGCCGCAGCCGCGUCGACGCCCAAGGCGAUGGGGCCGACGACGAACGCGGCGGCGGCGGCUGCUGCGGGCCGCCGCGGCCGCCCUGUACGAGAUGACCGCCGACGACCAGCAAUCCGUCAAGCGGGAGAUGGACGUGCCCGAGUCGAUCGUGGGCGCCAUCAUCGGCCCCGGCGGCCGGUCGCUGGUCGAGAUCCAGCAGAUGAGCGGCGUCACCAUCCACAUAUCCAAGAAGGGCGUGUACGCGCCGGGCACCACCAACCGGAAGGUGACGAUAUGCGGGUCGGCCAGCGGCAUAGCGAUGGCCAAUUACCUCAUGCAGCAGAGGAUCGUCGACGAGGAGACCAAGCGGGCCCGCGCGUUCUGAGUCCGUCUUGUUCUAUAACAUAUUAUAUUAUAGUCUAA